UUAGCCGACAGUUUCCUCACGACACUACUCUCAGUUUCUGGUUGUCUUGUGUGUUGAAAACCUUUUGAUGGAGUCGUAGCCGCGAGUGUUUAACUCUCCAACCAGUUCCACAGCAAGAAAAACAAGACAGACUGCAGUUUUGUCUCGUUUCACUCCUCAGUCAGAUACUUUCUUUCCCCUCGGUGUUUUACUCUUUCUGGUCCUGACAGGGAGCGAGGCUGUAGAGAUGUCCGACAACGGCGGCUCGACUGUCGGCCUUCUGUCUUACGAGACGCUGGUUCAUGCUGUGGCUGGUGCAAUGGGGAGUGUGACUGCAAUGACAGUCUUCUUUCCUUUGGACACAGCCAAAAGCAGACUGCAGGUGGAUGAAAAUCGAAAGUCAAAAUCCACCCCCAUCAUCCUGGCUGAGAUAGCACAGGAAGAGGGUCUGCAGUCUUUGUACAGAGGCUGGUUUCCAGUCAUCUCCAGCCUCUGCUGCUCCAACUUCGUCUACUUCUACACCUUCAACACGCUGAAGAAGCUGACAGCAUCUAGCCCACACGAGUCCAGGCUUGGCAAAGACCUGCUCAUGGGAAUCAUAUCAGGGGCAGUGAACGUGAUCCUGACCACUCCCAUGUGGGUGGUCAACACUCGACUGAAGAUGCAGGGGGUAAAGUUCAGAAACGAAGACCUCCAUCAGACCCAGUACAGUGGCAUUUUUGAUGCGUUCUCGCAGAUCAUAGCCAACGAGGGGGUGGGAGCUCUGUGGAGCAGCACUCUGCCUUCCCUCAUCCUCGUCCUCAACCCGGCGGUGCAGUUCAUGUUCUAUGAAGCCAUGAAGAGGAGGGCCGGUAAAGGAGGGAAGAGGAUAUCCUCAGCAGAGAUCUUCCUCAUUGGAGCCAUUGCCAAGGCCGUUGCUACCACAGCAACUUAUCCACUGCAGACUGUUCAGGCGAUCCUAAGGUUUGGGCAGCACAAAGGUGAUGGCAAGGGCGGUGUGAUGGGAAGCCUCUCAAACAUUUUCUCCCUGCUCAUGGACAGAAUCAGGAGGCAUGGUGUUUUUGGUUUGUACAAAGGCCUGGAGGCCAAACUGCUACAGACGGUGUUGACAGCUGCCCUCAUGUUCGUUGUGUAUGAGAAGAUCACUGCUGUUACCUUCAAAGUCAUGGGUCUGAACAAGAAACUGAAGCAGUGAACAUACACCUGCUUGGAUACAGCGUGGCGCUAGCACACCAGCGAACCAGGCUGCACAUUAACACGGUGUCAGUAGGUAUUUUAUCGAUACCUCUCUAAAUAAUAUGCUAAUGACAGGAAUCGUUUCAGUCAGUGUUGUAAUCAGAGGUGGGAUUGGUGCCCUUAUGGUUACAGAUUCCCACACUCACCCCAAAAUAUGAACCAUAACCAAAGGGGGGUGUAAUACUUGGACUAUCCUCUCUUUCUUAAACUUUAAGUAGUUACAUUUUUGAUUUUCUCCUCUGAUAAAUCUCUUGAUGUGGUUCUAAAUGAGCUUAAAGGAACUGAAUUGUAAAUGGUAAGGGAAAGCAAGUUAUUGCCACGUAACAUAUUAGUGAUUAGAAUGUAUUUAUCCCUUCAUUUUGCAGCUGUAUUCAUAAAUUCCUCUGGUUCGGGUUGUUUUUUUGAACACUGAGCUGAAGUGGCACAAGUUUUACAAAGUUCUGAACGGGUCUGAAGGCAAAAUGAGUCUGAAAGUGCUUUAAGAUGCAUUUUGCUAAGAGAGAUUCACAAAAGAGAUUCAAAAACAGCUGAAAUUUUAAAGCUAGUUGGUAGAAAUAUCGCCACGUAAUUUUUUAAAAACAUCUGCUACAAAUGAUGACAAGUAGGGUACCAACUAUAUACUUUUCCUCACACACAACGUCUUAUGUUUUAACCGUGAAGUUAAGUUUAAGCUCUGCAAGAUUGAAAUCUCAUGAAAUGAGAAAUGAAAUGGUUAAAUGGAGUUUUUUUUAAUGUUAUAGUCAAAAUGUUAUUUUGACACUCAGAUUGACUGUAACGUCAUAUGUUAAAAUGACUUUAAUAUAAAAGUGUACGAGUACUUAAUCUUACAUUGAAAAUAAGGUAUAUGUGUACAAAUAUUGCAGUAAGUGCCUCCAAAUGAAACAAAGCAAAUACUGUACUAUGAACUGAUCUGGGUGCUGUGAUAACUGAUUUGUUAGAUUUUUUCAAACUCAUGAUGCACUGAAUUUGCCUGCAGUCCUCAUGAUUGUAUAAGUCAGUAUGAACAUUUUGUCAUGCAGUUUUAUUCUAUAAUUGAUGUCAGUGUCCUGUCAGCAGUGUAAAGUAGUCAGGGCUUGCAGUUUUUGUUCGGCAGUGCUCUUUCUGUCUGAUUUGUUGAAUGGAAAUUUCGGCUGCUUUCCUCUUUAAACUGUUUGAAAGUUGAUGGAGUUUUGUUGCUGUUAGACUAGUUCAAUCUGUUAAUGUGUAACUUUAAGGUGUUUUUCUCAGCAUUAAUUUGAAACUUCAUCUAUGAGAUCAAAGGCUUUUGACUGUUUGUUCCAGUGGUGUAGCCCAGUACGAAGUAGUGGGGAGACUGCCAACAUACUGAAAACAACAAAUUACAUUUGCCAGGUUUGAGUUCCUUCACCAUUAAAGUGGACCUGUUAUGCUUUUCCUCAUUUUUAGUCAUAUGUGUAAUGUACAAUGUCGGAUUUUCAUAUUAAAUAAGGCCAAAGUGCCAAAUAAUAAGAUACAUGUAUAUAGAAGUAAUCCAUGUGAGGAAAAACCACUGGCUUCAGACUCCUCUGAAUACUCAGUUUCCAUCUUUUUUUUUUCUUUCAGCCCGAGCUGAUAUCGGCUUGUGAUGGAUUUCUUUAUAUUGUCAUCUGCUCCACAUACAGCAUGCAAGUUCACUGCUCUGCUCCUCUAACAUUAUGGCAUUGUUCCAUAGUUUUUUGGGGUAGUCACGACAAGCCACGAUUCUCCAUCACACAGCACAGUGGUAACUUAACAACUGUGAUACGUGCUGCCCCUCUGUAGUCUUCUUGAAAGCUGGCCAAUAAGAACAGAGUGGGCUCAUCGGGAGGGGGGCCUUUACGAAACGGGAGCUAAAACUGCCUGUUUGAGUAAAAGGCUGAGCUGAUGGACUACAUGAAAGGCCAGUAUAACAAAGACAUUUGAACUGUGAAUCAUGCAAAGCUACUCUAAUGGAGUCCAAAAAUGAUACAGGGCUGGAAAUUAGCAUAAUAGGUCCACUUUAAGUUUGCUAAAUCAUGACCUGAAUUUGGUUUAAGACCUUUCAGCUGACUCACACCUGCUGAGAUUUGGAAUAUAUCCACAUAUGCUGUAGGUGUAAUGUUUCAUUUUAAAUCUGGUGAAAGGUGUGUGAAACAGUAGAAAGAUGACCUUCACAGUAUAAGGUGGAGCACGAGGACCAAAUAAGAUUAUGUGAAGGCUAAAGAGCUCAAUUCCGAUAAAUGCAUCACUGUUAUUUAUAAAACAGCAAAGACAAAGAUUAAAUGUUUGUCUGGUCUACACUGCUAAUCUUUCUUCCAAUAACCACUUGUCCUAUUUCUUGAAAUGGAUGUGACAUUGCUUCAAUGUUCUGUCUUAACAGUAUACAUGAAAAGACUUUGUAACUGCUGAUGCAAUACUUACUUGAAGUUCAAUUUGUUUAUUUACACAUGUUAGUUUUUUUUAAACAUUCAGUCUUUUUAAUGUUUUUGUUUAAAUAUACUACUUGUCUUUUGGGGGGGAUUUAAAUUAUUGUUAUAAUAAAAAAAUAAAGUUUUAGAAAUGA